AUGCGAUACACCUGUUCCAGAGCGUUGUCGACCACGCUUCCCCCGUCCGUCAAUCUCGCAUCCACCGUCCGUCGCCCUCGCUUCCCCCUUCCGUCGCCCUCGCUUCCCCCAUCCGUCGCCAUAGCUUCCCCGCCCAUCGCCCUCGCUUCCCCCUCCCAUCGCACUCGCUUCCCCCGCCCAUCGCCCUCGCUUCCCCUGCCCAUCGCCCUCGCUUCCCCCUCCCAUCGCACUCGCUUCCCCCUCCCAUUGCCCUCGCGCCCACCUCCUGUCGCCCUCGCUUCCCCCUCCCAUCGCCCUCGCUUCCCCCGGCUCACUCUGUUUCCCCUGCUCAUUCUCCUCCCACCGGCUCACUCUGUUUCCCCUGCUCAUUCUCCUCCCCCCGGUUCACUAUGUUUCCCCUGCUCAUUCUCUUCCCCUUUGCUUGUUUCCCCUGCUCAUUCUCCCCCCGGCUCACUCUGUUUCCCCUGCUCAUUCCACUCUGUUUCCCUUGCUCAUUCUCUUCCCCUUUGCUUGUUUCCCCUGCUCAUUCUCCCCCCGGCUCACUCUGUUUUCCCUGCUCAUUCCACUCUGUUUCCCCUGCUCAUUCUCUUCCCCUUUGCUUGUUUCCCCUGCUCAUUCUCCCCCCGGCUCACUCUGUUUCCCCUGCUCAUUCCACUCUGUUUCCCCUGCUCAUUCUCUUCCCCUUUGCUUGUUUCCCCUGCUCAUUCUCCCCCCGGCUCACUCUGUUUCCCCUGCUCAUUCUCCGCCCCCCGGCUCACUCUGUUUCCCCUGCUCAUUCUCCCCCCGGCUCACUCUGUUUCCCCUGCUCAUUCCACUCUGUUUCCCCUGCUCAUUCUCUUCCCCUUUGCUUGUUUCCCCUGCUCAUUCUCCCCCCGGCUCACUCUGUUUCCCCUGCUCAUUCUCUUCCCCUUUGCUUGUUUCCCCUGCUCAUUCUCCCCCCGGCUCACUCUGUUUCCCCUGCUCAUUCUCCGCCCCCCGGCUCACUCUGUUUCCCCUGCUCAUUCUCUUCCCCUUUGCUUGUUUCCCCUGCUCAUUCUCCUCCCGCCGGCUCACUCUGUUUCCCCUACUCAUUCUCUUCCCCCUGCUCAUUCUCUUCCCCCUGCUCAUUCUCUUCCCCCUGCGCACUCUCUUCCCCCUGCUCAUUCUCUUCCCCCUGCGCCCUCUCUUCCCCCUGCUCAUUCUCUUCCCCCUGCAUUGGAUAGGCCGAGCAUGCGGCAAGGACAUGUGCAGGGAGAGGGGCUGAGAGGGAACGGAGGAGAGGGGCUGAGAGGGAACGGAGGAGAGGGGCUGAGAGGGAACGGAGGAGAGGGGCUGAGAGGGAACAGAGGAGAGGGGCUGAGAGGGAACGGAGGAGAGGGGCUGAGAGGGAACGGAGGAGAGGGGCUGAGAGGGAACGGAGGAGAGGGGCUGACUCCUCCCCCUUCUCACCAGCACAGACCCAGUGAAGAAGCAGCAGUGGUGUGGAGGCUAUUGGCGCCCAUCCGCGCCCAAUGGACGAACGCCACUAGGCAGGCGCGUUACCUCUCCUCCCCGGCACCCCCAGCGUCUCUUCUCCUGCACGCCACCAGCUGUAGGAGGAGGCUGGAUUUCUGGGCCGUCUACCAGCCCACCAUGCUGCUCGCCUCCUCAGAUAGCGACAGCUCGGCGGCUUCCUGCAACGGCCUGCGCCGCGAGCGCGAGCGCAAGAGCUUCCGCCGCUGCUGCGCGCGUAGUCACUGA